ACGAACUGUCACAACAAAACACCCACAAAAGAAAUGUCGAUUUAUCGCUACGGAUAGUGCGAAUUUAAGAAAAUUGUAUAUUUUAGUGAAUCAUUUGCAAAAUCAAAAACCAAUAUGCCUGAAGCAAGCACAGCCGUAUUUGAGAAGGAUAACUUCAAUGCUGAAAAGUAUGUGAAAAAUCUGGUGCAGGAUUGUGUCGGUGGUCCGGAGUUGCAGCAAACAAAGCAAAAGAUCCAAUCUCUUAGUGAGACUGUAUCGUCUACGCUGAAAAAACAUGUGUACGAAAAUUACAUGCAGUUUAUCGAAACGGCGAAAGAGAUCUCACAUCUGGAGUCGGAGAUGUACCAGCUGUCGCACAUACUGAUCGAGCAACGCAAUCUACUGACAACGCUUCGCGACGAAUCGAUGCUCGACGAUCAAAAAAACAUCAUCGAAGAUCAAAGCCUAGAUCCCAACGUGAACGAGGAGCAACAAAACCGAAAGGCAAUCCAGCUAAUUAAGGAAUCACUCAUCGGUUACAAGGGCAAUCUGGAUGAUAAAGUUUUCAUUCACGAAGGUGGUCUGAUUGAGCUGGAUUCCAACGACUAUCGGCCCAUCUGUCGCAUCCAUUUGUUCCUGUUUAACGAGGUCCUGGUGCUGGCGAAAGUGCGAAAUGAAAAAAAACUUGAAUUUCAAACAGAAUACGAAACGAAGAAGAUUGCCGUGAUAAACAUCAAGGAUUUGGAUGGAGUGAACAAGAACGCGAUCAAUGUAAUAACGAGCGAUGGAGCGCGCAUGUUUCAGUGCAUCAAUUCAGCCGCCAAGCUGGAAUGGAUCGAUAAGUUUGAGCAUGCCAUCAAGUUCCACCAGCUGAAGAAGCCGAAGAAAGCGCAAGCCCCACAGCCCCCGACGAGCUUGAAGUUCGAGGCACCGCAAAAGUCAACCGACAGUGAGCUGCUCACCCUUAGCCCGACCGCCUCGGAAAUGGGACGCGUCAUCGUGGAGAAUCUACCGCCUGAGUGGCUUGUGACGGCGCCGGAGGAAAUACAGGCGGAAAUAGCCCAGCGACACUUUGAGGACUGUCUGGCGCUGCUGCAAAAGUGUGAGGAUCACCUCGCCCAGGACAGCACCUUCCACGGUGCAGCGGAAAUUGGGGAAAAGAUCAAAACGCUCAAAGGUUCGCUGGCGUCGGUGCUAAUGCACGAGCUGUCCAACUCGCAGAGCCGCAGCCUACAGGCAGCGCUGCGCUCGAGUCGCCGACCGCUGAAGCUGCUGGUCGAGAUGGAAAAGUCACGCGAAGCGUGCGGGAUCCUGCUGCGCGUGUGUACAAGCGCUAUUCGCACCUCGCAGCGCCAGGCACGGCGCAACAAUUUGGCCGUGUCGGAGCUGUUCUUCUGCGACGUGGCGCUUGUGGCAAGCGAGUUUCUGCGUGCGUUCAGUGCAAAGGCAUCCUGCACUAGUGCACUGAUCGUGUGGUGCAACAUGGAACUGCAGUACUUUGCCUCACAGCUCAUUAAGCACUAUCUUACGAAGGACACGCAGCUCGAGAUGGUGGCGAAGGUGGUAGAAGGUGUGCGCGAGCCUUGCUUGAAGCUGCGUGAAAUAGGACUCGACCUGUCCUACCACAUGGAGGGUCUGUUGCGUAGCACGCUAGGCCAACUGCUGGAUGAAGCUCGAUACCGACUGGUCGAUUCGAUCGGUCGUACCGAGGACCCGUGGCAACCAUACAAUCUGCAAACGAAAACCGGUCUCCGCACGCUGCUAAAAGAAUUCGAUGUGCUGGGCAUCGACUUCCGGGCGUACGUGACGGGCGACACGUGGAUUAAUCUAACACAGGCGACGGUUAGUUUCUGUCGCCAUCUGCUGCAAACCACGGAAAGCUGUGCCUAUCUAGCGAAGUACGAUUCGCUGCAGCGCGAUUCGGAGAUGCUCAUUCGCGAGCUGUUCCUUUCGCAACAUUCCAUCAAACCGCCCAACUCGCUGAAUGCAGACAUGAACUUUGUGGCGAAAAACAAAACCUACAUGGCGGAAGUUCUGUUACCUAUUGCGAUGAAGCGUUUCGAACGGAUUGCCGGUAAAAAACCGGACUUGCUUAUGGAGUUGCACACUCAACUUCGAACUGUUCCACCAAAACCGAAACCCCGUAGUGUCUAUCAAACGGACGUGCUGUAGACGAACAUUAGAAUAUAUGUGGACUAUUACGCCAUUAGAAUAUAUAUAUAUAAACAAGUCUAACAAACGACGACUAACUGUUCGAUAAUAGAG